AUGCCCAUCGUCAUCCCUGGGGUCAUGGAAAUCUCGGCGCCGCGCCCGGACGAGGAGAUCGAGGAACGCGACCGCUUGCGCGAGGCAGCGGCGCAGUCUAUCGGUCUCAGCCCGGAACUCCUCCAAGAAGAAGCCAACCUAUCGAACUCCAUAGACAUGGGCAGCGACGCGAGCCACUUCUAUGGCGAAGACCUUGGGCCCUUCAACUCAGGGGACUCUACCCCUCUCUGGGACGGCCUAUCCUCCUCAGCGUCAACACGCCCAGUAUCCAUACACAGGCAUUCAUACUCCAACCCUCCUGCACCCGUAUCCACCGUCCCCCCGUUCCCCACCACACUCAAAGCGCUCUCUUCUUGCGACUCCCACACCAUCGCGCUCUCCGCAUCCUUCCCCAAAUAUCACUCUUCCUCUCGCAUAUUUGCGAUGUCCCGCCAUUGGAAGACGCGCUACAUCCUCCUCACGUCCCCCGUACCACCCGACCCUCUCCCGACGCCCCGCUCACGGCACGCAUUGGUACCUCUGCCGAGCUACUUGCAUGUCUUCCGGUCGCCAGCACCCGAGGAGCGAGAACUAGAACGGUUGGAGGUGAACGAAGACAGCGUUGUAUUCGUUGCCGACGAAGACGUGGGCGGCCGGAAGAACGUCAUCAAGGUGGCUGGGAAGCACGCUGGCGGCGAGGCUGACAAUGGCAAGGAGGUGGAAGGGCCGCCGAAGGCCGAGACGAUGUGGCUUCUGCAUGCAGUCAACGUCGAGACCAAGCAGACAUGGAUUGGCGGAAUCAAGAGCGUUAUUCUUGCACAGCGCUCUGUGCGUGCCGGCCUGCCCCAAUCUGCGCUUAACGGUGCCAAUGAGCCCCGUGGCGACAUGGACGUCAUGCUCUCGAUGCGCGUCAGCUCCCACAUGGCAUCGCGGCCCCCAAUACCAGCCUCAAUGGCGGACCCGCCGCAACCUCGGUCGCCCGCGCUCUCGGAGACCUUCAGCGUCGCGCCCCGACCCUUCUCCGAGCACGAUACCUCUUCCCACUCCUCGAUGCACUCCCGCUCGCAACGGUCGCUGCGCUCGAACUCGCAGCCCGCAGCAUCGCAAGGGUCUCCAACCAAGAGCCCGUCCACCGUAUCCGCACUCAAGGGUCUAUUCACUCGGCCGCGGUCUCCGUCCGUCGACUCGGGUGUCUCGCAGCUGACGGCCAAUUCCGGUGCGGUCGAUGGCAGUGGAGAAGACAGCUUCGGCGUGAUGGGCAACAACCUGCUGAGCAUGUCCUUGGCCAGGCGCAGCCGGCUCUCUGAGAUUCCGGGCAGUCCAACGACGAUAUCAGGCAGCCCCACGUCCUCUGUACCUGCCCAGACGCUCGGUCUGGAUAGAAAGAUAUCCGAGAGGCAGUCUGCUAUUUGGACGGGACCGUCCGCGUCGUCGGCUAGCACGCCUACCACCCCUGCGGCGAAGCCUCCACAGCGACCGAUGUCGGCAUUCGCUUCGUCGUCGAGCAACGGCAACGGGUUCGCCAUCCAGCUGCAGCCCCCGCCGCGCAAGCGAUCCACCGUGACGAGUCCACCCGUGUCGAACCCUCCACAACCCGCGCACGACCGCAGUGCGUCGGAACAGAGCACGUCGGGCACCCUGCCUGCGGGCUUCUCCUUCCACAGCCCUGUGCAGCGGCCGCGGCAGCCGUCCGUCUGGUCCGUGUCCACGCUCGCGACGACGCUGUCGGAGGGCGUGAGCCCGAUCGACGGCGGCUCGAGCCCGAGCACGAAGCGCAGCUCGCGGCGCUGGUCGACACAGGGCUCGCUGCCGAAGCGCAUGACGCCGCCGAGUGGUCCGCCACCCGCGGCGCCGACGUUCCAUGGGGAGGCGAGUGACCACCACGACCUUGGGAGCCCGUCUUCGUCACGGCUGCACCCGCACCCAUACGCAGCUGGCAUUGAGCGCUCGCCGAGCCGGACGUCGCAGGGUCGCUCGUCUCUCGAGUCUCGCGGGUACUCGACGUACUCGAAGCGCGCAAGCUGCAGCUCCGCGUUCAGCAUCAGCUCUGCGCUGUCUGGCGGGAACGGAGGUGCGCAGUCGCCUGCGGGGCAACUCACGCACCUGCCCCAAUCUCAUAAUGCGAACCAACCUUACAACACCCCUUCAUCACCCCCGACGAGCCACCGCACGUCUAUAUCUAUGCCCCCGCCCCGACCCCCACCCUCGUUUGCGCUCCCCCCGCCACCGGGGCAGGAGCCUAUAGAUACGAUACAAGAGGCGCCGUCUUCCCUGCGGGACCUGGCGUCCGACUCGCGCACGUCGCUGCACUCGCGCGCGCCGUCUCUGUCGGAUGCGGCCUCGAGGAAAUCCUUCGCUGACACUGCGUCGCGUAUGUCUUAUGCAGAUACCGCCUCGCGCAAGUCGUUCGCCGACAAUGCGUCGAGGAAGUCCUUCUCGCGACGAUCGUUCCGCCUGUCGUUGGGCGCGCCGAACCCGCCUCCGGCGACGACGCUGCCGCCGAGGCCGGAUGAGCAGCGCGUGUGGACGAGGCGGCGUCCGUCGAGCAGCGGCGGGCGGCCGCCCAGCGCUGGUGGACGACCAGGCAGUAGCGGUGGGCGGCCGGGCAGUAGUGGCGGACGUCCCCUGAGCACUGCAUCGUCUCCCCUCCAGCAUCACUCCGCGCUGCCUCCCCAGCAACAUCCACCGCCUAUUGGCCCCCUCCCACCUACGCCCGAGUCCACGCCUGGUCCCGCAAGGUCGUUCAAGCAGCGCCUGCGCAUGCUCAGCGCACCCGUGAUGCCCUCGUCGCCGCUGCCCUCACCGCCCGAGGAGGUGGAGGCACCGGCGAAGCCUGUGGGCAAGAGACGGCCGCUGACGAUGACGGUCAUGACGACGCAGCCUUUCUCGACGCAGACCUUCUCCAGCUUGGGCUCGCCAGGUUUGGGCGCGACCCCGCCGGCCACACCAAUCGCAGAGAAGAUCGUGCAGAACCAGAACGACCCGAGCUUCCUGCAGAUGUACGCGCCGCUGUCGCCCAUCUCGCCCGUGUCGCCGACGUUCAGCACGAAGUACACGGCCUCGCUCGCGUCGCACUCGCACCCGUCGACACCGGUCGUGGAGGAGGAGGACCCGGUGAUGAUCUCGCUGUCGCCGCCGCCGAGGCGCGGGUCGAAGCAUCUGGGUGUCCGCGCGCAGCCUGAGAGGGCUGAGGCGGAGCCCUCGAAGGCGAAGGGGGAGAAGGAGGCCUCGGAAGAAGCCGCGGAGAAGGAGCAGCAGAAGGAGGACGACACGGAGAGCAAGCGCACGAUGUUUCUCUCGCCGCAUGGUUCGGUAAUCUCGCUGGGUAUCCUCAGCACGCAGGAAGUCGUCCACACGCAGGCAGUCGUCAACACGCAGGAGGCUGUCACACCUUAG